AUGGUAAUAACAUACAGCAAGUACAAGAUAACUGGUCUUGCUUUGCUUUCUGACCAUCUUGGUGCUGGAGAAAGUGUGGAUGAAUCAGAGAAUGCUGUAUUCUUGAAAACGAAAAUAGAGUACAUGCAUAAGAUGAUAGUAUUCUUUAAAGACAAUCAGAACAAAUCUACCAGUCAGUCUACUAAAGCUGUUGAACCAGUUGAAGUUAAAACAGAGGGUACUGAUGAUCAAGAAGAAGCAUCUAUAGUUGAUAUUGAUAAUCAGAGUGAUAUUACUAUUAUAGUGAAAGAAAUCUCUGAUCCAGCUGAGUCAAGCCUUCAUGAAGAAGAGUUCUCUUCUGAUGAAUUGCAGACCAAUAAUAUUCUGCCUAAAAUAUAUCUAGAUAAUGGGCAGGUUGAAGAUCUGAACCUGAAUAUCAUCACAUGCUUGAUUAGAAAUGAAUGA